AUGGAGAACCGCCGCACAAUCUACACUGCCCUUUUUCAGGAAGGCGUGCUUGUCGCACCGAAGAACUUUGAGAUCAAGCACCCGAACCUUGAUGUGCCAAACCUUGAGGUUGUGAAGUCGAUGCAGUCGCUCAACUCGCGUGGUUACGUCCACACUCAGUUCAACUGGCAGUGGUACUACUACGUGCUCACUCCCGAGGGUCUUGAGUACCUUCGUGAGUACCUGCACCUUCCUUCGGAGAUUGUGCCUGCUACUCACAAGCGUCCCGCUCGUCCCCAGCGCGCCAUGGGUGGUGACCGCGAGGGUUUCCGCGGUGGUCGUGCUGGCGGCGAUCGCGAGUACCGCCGCCGUGACGGUGCUGACAAGAAGGAUGGUGCGCCUUCGGGCGAUUUCCGUCCUAGCUUUGGUCGCCGCGAAUAA